ACACAGAGGAGGGAACGCCGCCGCCGCCUCCGAGUUUCUUCCCCUCCAUCGCUGCUGGAUCGAUCGCUGCGAUGGCGCGGCCGCGCGGCACGACGAGCACGGGGCGGCACCGCAUCGAGAUGACCCUCAGGCCGGACAAGAACAGCCGGCAGGUCACCUUCUCCAAGCGCCGCGCCGGCCUCUUCAAGAAGUGCUCCGAGCUCGCCAUCCUCUGCGGCGCCCGCGUGGCCGCCGUCGUCUUCUCCGAGGCGGGCAACGCCUUCGCCCUCGGCAGCCCCUCCAUGGAGGCCGUCCUGCGCCGCUUCGACGACGGCAACGACGCCGGCGCCCUCGUUCCUGCCGCUGAGGACGACGACCGUGAGGCGCUGGAGGAGUUGUAUCGGGCCAGGGAGGCGACCGCGGAGCAGGUGGCGUCGGAGAUCAAGCGGAUGAAUACCAUCGGGGACAAGGUGGUCAAGGCCCAGAUGGGGAGGCGGUACUGGUGGGAGGCCGACGUGGAGGCGCUCGGGGAGGCCGAGCUGCCGGAGUUCGCCCGCGCGCUCGACCGGCUCAGGGCCAACGUGCGCCGCCACGCCGACAAGCUCCGCUCCUGAUUCUUUUGGCUUAAUUACUAGGCUUGUGCUUGCUUAAUUACGUGGUGGUGGUGGAAGCGUAGCUUAGCUGCAAUCAUGCACGAGUUUGGUAUGAAAUCUGGGUUUGGUUGAAGAGAGGCAAUUAACAGGGUUGGAAUUGGAACUUGAAACAUGUUGCAUAUGGUCAUGUCUUUCCCUAUGAUGAAGGUCUGUCCUUAGUUUUAUGUAGGCCAUGUUCUUAUCUACUGUACCUUUCACUGUAGUGAUGCAUGGUUCUGUUAUGAAUUAAGAGGGCUGGAAUUUGAAACAAUUUGCAGGAGCAAGUCCAUCCAUGAAUCCUGUCUUUCUCUGUUCUUCUCUGAACAUGCUCGCUAUAACCUGAUACAGCACCCAAAACAUUGAGAAAUGAGUUCGUAUAUAUAGUUGGCACAUACUCAGCAAAUAGUAUCAGCAUUGGUCGUGUGGUUUUUAUCUGCCUGAACCUGAAUAUUGAGACCUAAACUGAAUGCAGCAAAACAAGUUUAAAAGUUGUCCCGUUUAACAAACAAAUAUAAUUUUGGUCCUGUGCACCUCCAAAAUUUAUUUCAUAGCCAUUUUAAAAAGCAUGAGUUUACAUUUCUUAUCCAUAUGAAGCAAGUUAAGCUUCCAUCCUUUUUUUCCUUGAAAAAAAAAAAGCUUCCAUCCUUUUCCCACAUUGCACCAAAUGUGCAUGUCCAAGUUUUAAGUUUGCUACUUCUGUUGAAUACCUGAAGAUGCAAUUUUCUGUUUGAUAAAAUGAAUGCCUGACAAUGUACUCUUGCUUUGGUUAGUAUGGAUGUUCCUGUUGCUUAACCAAGUUCACUAGCUCAAGAUCAGGGGUAUCUUCAGGCAUUUGAAAAAAAAAAUGUUCAAAGCAAGUAUUUGAAAAUAUACAUCAUGUAUUCAAAAAAUGUUCAGGUGCAUA